AUGGACCCAGCAGCCGCAGGCACAGGCGUCUUCAGCGGACGCCCUCCUUCCGUCGCCUCGCGCUUUGUCUCACAGACCGAGCUGACGGAGGCUCAAAAGCGGCGCGAACAGGAGCUCAAGGACGCGUAUGCCAGGAUCGGGCAAGAACCGCCGGCCGCGUCCUCCGCCUCCGAGGGCGCGUAUGACCCGCGCUCGCUGUAUGAGCGCCUCAAGGCGAACCGGGACGCCAAGCAGGAGGAGUGGGACGAGCGCAUGCGCCUCUCCAACCACUUCCGCGGCAUCGACGCGUCCGAGAGCGACUUUCUCAAUCACGUCGCUGCCGAGCAGCGCGAACAUGACGCCCUGCGCAGCCGCCUCGAGCGCGAGGAACUCGAGAAGUUCCGC